AUGGCAUCUGUUUACAAGACUAUUUCGAAGAAGGCAGCUCGUCAGCUCGCCAAGGAGGAGGAGUUUGAUGAGGAGGAUGUCGAGAUGGAGGAACUUCUCGACAAUGCCGACGACACCACCGACAGUGAAAGCGAUGAAGAAACUACGACCGAAUCGGCCAAGAAGCAGCUCGCUCAGGGAUUCAUGCCCAAGACUCGUGUACUGAUGCUGACCUCCCGAGGUGUGACAUACCGCCAUCGACACCUGCUCGCCGACCUUGCGUCUCUGCUCCCUCACACUCACAAGGAAAGCAAACUCGAUACCAAGAAGAAGACCGCUGGAUACAACCUGCUCCUUAACUCUCUCGCCGACCUUCACUCCUGCAACGUAAUUUUCUUCCUCGAGGCUCGUAAGCAGGGUCAGGACUUGUACCUUUGGCUUGCUCGCCCUCCCAACGGACCGACGAUCAAGUUCCACGUCGCCAACUUGCACACAAUGGCCGAAUUGAAUGCUGGUUUCAGCGGCAACUGCCUCAAGGGUGGCCGUGGUCUUGUUGUUUUCGAUCGCUCUUUCGACGAACAGGGUCCGCUCAUGAGCCAACCCGGCAACGAAUACCGGGGUCUGAUCAGAGAGAUGCUGCGUGGGGUCUUCUGUGUCCCUAAGCGUGGUGUUAAGGGCAUGAAGCCGUUCAUUGACCGCAUCAUUGGUGUCUUUGGUGUGGACGGCAAGAUCUGGAUCCGUGUUUACGAGAUCCGCGAGUCUGAGGCUGGAAAGAAGUCUGAGGAUGGUGCAGAUGCCAAGCCCGCUCCCAAGAGCAAGGAUGGUCAGCCGGAGGUUUCUCUGGUCGAGAUCGGCCCCCGCUUUGUUCUUACGCCUAUUGUCAUCUUGGAGGGCAGCUUUGGCGGUCCUGUCAUCUACGAGAACAAGGAGUACGUGAGCCCGAACCAGGUCCGUCGCGAGGUCCGCAUGAGCAAGGCUGCUCGCUACGCCAAGCGCAGAGAUGUGCAGACCGACCGGUUCGCGAAGCGGUCGACCCUGGGACUGGGAGAAGGCGAGAGGAAGCCGGAUGCGCUCGACACGAGGCAACUGUUCAAACGCAACUGCACCCUUUCGCUCGUCAUCAUGGCAUCCCUUUCGCAAUACAGCCCUGGGUGGUUGCUGGGUGCUCAUGCACCUUCUUCCACAAUGGCCUCCACUCUAUCUUGCUUCCACUGUCUAUUGCUCCAUAUAUUUCGCUCAUGCGAUUCUGUCACCGAUGUUAUGAACCUUGCAAUGACUUGCCGGCGACUUCAUACCGUCUUCCACCGGUCCAAUAAGCUACAAAUCCUCGUUGAUGUUGCCGAGUCUGAGUUCGGUCCAUUGGAUGAUAUCAUCCAGAUCCGUGCCCAACUCUUGCACAACUGGUCCACAGCCGAGCUGGCCGAGAUUGAGGACGUGCGUUUGAUCAUCGGUGAUAUCGUACAAAACCACAUCUGUCCCAGCAACGGGACCAUCCAACGAAAGUUCCGAAAACGCUACCCGGAAAGUAACCAUCAAUUGACGUUCAAUAUCCAUCUAAAUUACCCUUCGAGCAGUAGUCCCGCUGGUGCACCUAGUCUGUUCGAGAAGGACGCCAAUUCAGCCGAGCAGUAUUUCCACACCGCGCACCCUAGCAACUUCACUGAAUCGCCCGCUAAAUACAAGUCCCGGUUUCGGAACGAUUACUUCCAUGACCCUGGUUUUGAAGGUUGGGGUGACGAGAUCCCACAUUACUAUGUGGUGCAGGACAUGCUGAAACUCGAUCCAGGCCAGGUUAUCUGGCUGCGGGAGCAUGCACCUCUUAAAGAACAGGUGGAGACCUAUGUACGCUCCUUUGGGGACUGGUUCCGCGACAAUGGCGAAACGUUUGGCGAUACGCUGGAGUGGGUGAUGAAGGAGCGGGGAGAUGAUAUUGAUGAGUUUCGAGCUGCUAUUGCAGACCGGGAGGUUGGCGUGGUGUGGGAUUGA